GGUGGAGGGUGGUGGCAGAGCUUAGAAGUCCGCGAGUCUGGCAAGUGAACUGUGGGGCGCGCGGGGCGGGCAGCAGCGGAGCCUGCCGGAGCGCGCCGGGCACAGCCGCCUCCGUCCCGGGCGCGGGCAGUAGGAUGGAGCUGAACUCCCUGCUGCUGUUGCUGGAGGCGGCCGAGUACCUGGAGCGCCGGGACCGAGAGGCUGAGCACGGCUACGCCUCGGUGCUGCCCUUCGACGGCGACUUCGCCAGGAAGAAAACAAAGGCGGCCGGCCUGGUGCGCAAGGCCCCGAACAACAGGUCUUCACACAAUGAACUAGAAAAGCACAGACGAGCCAAGCUCAGACUCUACUUGGAACAACUGAAGCAGCUGGUGCCUUUGGGCCCAGACAGCACGCGCCACACCACACUGAGCCUCUUAAAGCGUGCUAAGAUGCACAUCAAGAAACUGGAGGAGCAGGACCGCAGGGCACUGAGCAUCAAGGAGCAGCUGCAGCGAGAGCAUCACUUCCUGAAGCGGCGCUUGGAGCAGUUGUCAGUGCAGAGCAUGGAGCGCGUGCGCACAGACAGCACCGGCUCUGCUGUUUCCACGGAUGACUCAGAGCAAGAGGUGGACAUAGAGGGCAUGGAGUUUGGCCAGGGUGAGCUGGACAGUGUUGGCAGCAGCAGUGACGCCGAUGACCACUACAGCCUGCAGAGCGGUGGCUGCAGCAAUGGGGGCUUUGGGCGCCCUUGCAGGCGGCCUGGCCGCCCCAGCCUCUUGCCCACUGCUGUGCCAUGCUGGAAGCUCCAGCUGCUGCCUGCCCAGGCUGCCAGCCUCUGCCCUCCUUGCCCAUGGGCAGGGCCCCCUGCAGGGAGGCGGGGCCUGGCACCCACCACCUGGAGCCCAGCGUAGCUGCCCACGUCUAUCCUCCAGUUCUCAAUCAUUCCAGAAGUAUUAAAUGUCAUUGCUGCAAACCUCGGUGGGUGCCGGGUAAGGGGUCUCGUGACCACCUUGGGGAGCCCAGCCCCUGUAUCGGAUUCCAGGAGGAAGCAGUGGAUGGAGGAAGGAAGGAAGGUGCACUUGGCAGUCGUCCUCACAGCUCCUGAGGCGUGGACGGAGCGGAAGGCUCUGAACCGGGCUGGACUUGGGUGAGCACGCUGAGGCAUGUGGGCAGAGAGGCUGGGCCGCCCGUGCCAAGCUGGCAGCUUCCACUCUGUUAGGAUUGGCAAACAGACAUAUGCACCCAGGCUUGCACCAACACACAUGCUUGCAUGCACAGACACGUGGGGCCCUCAGAGGGCAGAUGUCCUGAGAGGCUGGCCUUUGAGGGUCACUGAGGUGGCCAGUGCUGGUCCAGCCCACCUACACUGGCCCAGGUGGCUCUGUGAGAUCUGCACAGGAAUUGGGCUUCUCUUCCCUGCAAGGCCUGGGAGGGGAUGGGCUGGCAGCUGAACCACUGGGCCCUCCACUUUCUCAUCUCCCUUUAUUUUUCUUCCGUUUCUUGUUUAACUUUUUGAAGUACUGGGGAUUGAACCAGGACCUUCACACUGAGCUAUGUCCCCAGCCCUUUUUUUAACUUCUUAUUUUGAGACAGGGACUCACUAAGUCACUAAGUUUCUCAGGCUGGUCUUGAACUUGGUAAUCCUCCUGCCUCAGCCUCCCAGAGUGCUGAUAUCACAGGUGUGUGCCAUCAUGCCCAGCUUCACUUUCUUAAAAAAAGAAGAAAAAUAAAAGCCACACUGCCCAGCAAGGGCAGCUCCCUUUGAGGGACCUGACCAGUUCUGCCUGUGGCAGAGGCUUUUCCCAAAAAAACAGAACAGAUUUUUUAAAAAGAGAAAAAAGCUCUAAAGACUCGCCAAGAGACGCGAGUGUAUGCGCCUCUAUUUCCUGUAUGAGACUUUUGUACUCUAUUUUCCUAGCUGUCAUGUGUCCUUAUUUGCUGAGGGGUGGGAGUGACCCAGUGUCUCAGGGACCUGUCCUCUGUCACGUUGUCAUAGUGUGCCUUGUGUUCCCUGUCUCCCCUUGCCCACUGCCAUCAGCAUGCCCCUCGAGGCUCACAGGAUGUCCAGGCCUGUGAGCCUAGCAGGUGCCCUCUGUGCCCUCCCCCCAGGCGGUCGUCCCAGCAGCAAUGGUUUCCUGUGUGUGGGGCUGCUACCCAGCUCCCAGUGAGACCUCCCUGCAGCAGGUGGGCACAGCCUGUGCAGCUGGGGACAGCAGGCCUGAUUGCCAAUCCGUAACCUGAUUCAAACCCUGCGAGCCAAUGCAAGGGCUCCAGGAGUCUGACUUUGGCAGCUGAUGAGCACAGCGUUCUCUCUGGUCGUGGGGCCUUCCAGUUCUGAAGUCCUUGUCCCCAUGAACAGGGACCACACAGCAAUACUUGGGUGGUGGCCCUAGGGCUGGUGCACAGCAGUGCCUGCCACCCCUAUGGUGCAUUUGUAACCAAUUUCCAAGUGGCAGGGAAACUUAUGUUUAUCUCUAAUCAUGUCUGUGGCCCCUCAGGGCCGUGGCCUGUGGAAGCAAGAAGGGGUCCGUGGAAGUAGCUCUGGCAUGGAACCUGCCUGACAGGGCAGGAGCUGGGGACAGCAGGAGAACAGGCAUGUGGUGAGGGUCCCUUUUGCAUCUUGGCCCUGCUGGGGAUCAGCACCUAGGAAGGGGUCUGUCUGCCAUGUGCCAGGAACCCAUGUUGAAGGGCCUGGAACUCCAGAGCCAGAGAUGCCAGAGUCCCCAAACCCUCAGCUCCCUGCUCUGUCCCACCUCAGCUCUGCCCCGCAGACUCCAGCCCCGUGCAGGGCACCAGAGUAGCCCCUUGGCCACCCUUCUGGCAGCUCCACCUGUGCCUGCUCAGGCCAUGGCUCCCAUGUGGACUGGGGAGUUGGAGUUGGCCUCUUCAGUCACGCAGGGGUGCUCUCCACCUCCCCAACCUGCAGCAGUGGAAGAGUGGUUCAGGUGUGGCUGGUGCUAAGCUCCACACCCACACCUCCCUCCCCUGCUCUGUUUUCUGCACAAGGAGGCCAUUGCUAGUGGAUGUCAUGGGGACAGUAGAAAGAAUUAGGACAGGGAAGCCACGGCCUACUUCCUCCAUCUGUCUCAGGGCUCGGGCUGGGGUGCUCACCUUAUGGGGGACAGCUCCUUGGUAACAGGCCUCACUACCCAGUUGGCUAGGAGAUGGUGAGGUUCUGUGGCCACAUUCCUGGACAGAGGGAGCCCCAUGCCAAACUGCAGCCCGAGGGCCCCUGCUCUUGUCUACCCCCACCAUCCCGGCCUCACUAGGGGUCAGCUGACUGGACCCCUGCUGCCUGCACACAGGUCCUUACCAGGCCAGCAGGCUGCAUGGUUCUCCGUUCAGGGCACCAGGACAGGUUCCAUGCCAGUCAUGUGCACAGGGAGCCUGGUGCUGGGUGGUAGGUGCAUGAAGACCUGAGUUGAGAGAGAACAGCCCUACCACUGCCUCUGGGUGGGGCUGUGGCAUGUCAUUCUGUCAUUGUAAUAUAAAUACAGAUUUUUAUACCUCA